AUGAGUGGAGCAGUACUGCCAGCCGCUGUCCACGUUCAUCCAAAAAUGGAUCCAGCGGUUCCGGAUAUUGAUGGCAAGGAUGACGUUAAAGAUGUCCCAUCGACAGCGAACAAUGAUGCGUCACCAUCUCCAUCGGAGCCCGAUUCUGAUGCCAUCAAGAUGUUUGUGGGUCAGAUUCCUCGCCAGUGGAACGAAGUUGAUUGCCGUCGUCUUUUCGAGCAGUACGGUUCGGUUUACUCGUGCAACAUCCUUCGCGACAAAUCGACACAGACCAGCAAAGGCUGCUGCUUCGUCACAUUCUUCCAUCGCAAAGACGCCAUAGAAGCGCAGGGAGCACUCCAUAAUAUCAAAGUGAUCGACGGAAUGCAUCAUCCUGUUCAAAUGAAACCAGCUGAUACUGAGAAUCGCAAUGAGAGGAAACUCUUUAUCGGCCAAUUGAGUAAGAAGCACAACGAGGAGAACCUUCGUGAAAUAUUCGCAAAAUUUGGGCUAAUCGAAGAUUGCAGUGUUCUUCGUGAUAAUGAUGGCAAGAGCAGAGGAUGUGCAUUUGUAACGUUCACGAAUCGCAGCUGUGCCGUCGUCGCCACCAAAGAAAUGCAUCACUCGCAGACGAUGGAGGGUUGCUCAGCACCACUCGUUGUCAAAUUCGCGGAUACUCAGAAAGAUAAAGAUGUCAAGACCAAGUCGUUAAUCACUGGAAACGGUGCUGGAUCACCGAAAGGAGGAGCUAACUUGCUUCAUGGCCUGACUCCAGCGCUUUUGCAGCAGCUCAGUGGUGGUCAAAACAUACAAGCUGUUGCCAACCUUCUUUCUUUCAUCAAUGGACCACAAGGACAACAACCACAGCCACAACAGAAUGUUCUCGGACUUUUGGGUCAAGUGCUUUCCACUCUUGGUAAAAUAGCUGAAGGCGAUGACGUGGCUAGUAAAAAUGGCUCAUCAGCCUCUACGGAGAAAAGGGUAACGUCAGUUAUGACGUCACCACAUACUUCUGGAGCUACCACCGCUGUUGCACCCCUACAUCUUCAUCAGCAACAGCAAAAACAACAGCAGUUAUCUCAACAACAACAAGGUUUAGGUGCUCAACUCCUUGCGAAUCCAGUCACUGCUCAGAGUCAGUUUGAUGCGAUGGCAAUGGCUCAGGCUCAGAUUGCUCAUCAGAAUCAAUUGUUAGCUCUUCAAGGAUUCGCCGUUCAACAGAGCGCACCAUCCCAACCACAACAAGGUUACCAUCACCAUCAAAAUCAAUAUCAAUACUCUACUGGAUCGCCUGACUCGCCAAGCAACGCCACAGAUUCAUCUGAUGAACCGACUCGAACUUCGCCGAAUCAUAGGCAUCAGCCGUACUUAAAUUUGCCGCCACCUCCACUGAUGGGACGUCCAAUGUGGCAGCAACGUCAGAUACAUCCACAGCUGUUUCACACUACUUAUGGUCUGGCUGGGGGUCUCGCUGGGGCCAAGACUACUUCGCCAGUAGCUGCCACGUUGGCCAAUCAUCAACCAAUUGCCCUCACUCCAUUUGCUGGUGGAAACGCUGCUUUGGAUCAUUUUACAGCUAUGCAACAGCAAUAUGCUCUACUCGCAAAUCUCCAUGCCAACUCAGGAGUUCAAACAGCCACCACUUCAUCUGGUCAACUAGUUGGCAAUGGAGACGUCAGAGGUCCAGAUGGAGCUAAUCUCUUCAUAUACCACUUACCACAAGAUUUUGGAGACACUGACUUGAUUAACACCUUUGCACCAUUCGGACAGAUUCUCUCCGCAAAAGUGUUCAUUGAUAAAGUAACUAAUCUAUCAAAGUGUUACGGAUUUGUGUCAUAUGAAACCCCACAAUCGGCAAACAAUGCUAUUGCUGCGAUGAACGGAUUCCAAAUCGGAUCGAAGCGUUUGAAGGUGCAGCUGAAGGUUGAUCGUGGGAAUCCAUACAACCGUUAG